AGAUGAGAUGGCUAACACUGGAAAGAGUAGACCGCGUCCCCCACCAUCCCCAGCCGGCCGGGACGAUGGUAAAGGACCUCAUCAAGCCGCGCUUAGUCGUGAUAGCUUCACUGCCGCACGGAAAGAGACAGAAUCACCAGCCGCAAGUCGGAACACGCUUGUUUCCUACCUUUCUAAUGCUUCAUGCGUUUUGUUUUGCUUCAUUUCUUUUCCUUUCAUCACCCUCAUCCCAUCACUCCAUUUCCCCCAAUCCUCUCUACACGCUGCAACGCAUUUUGAAUGUCAAUUCCUGACUUCUCAAAGCUAUCAUUCACUCGUUUUUACCCAUCUCUCGAUUUUCUUUUGUGACAUCACGCUCAUUUUCGAGUCUCGCUUUGAUUUAAUCAAUCCCUUCCACUCCUCUGAGCAUCUCGUGAUCGCGUCUUUCUUGCACAAUGGGUAAUUGUCUUUCGACUCUUCGCGGCUUUUUCAAGGGCCGACGUGUUUCGGCGCCUGACGAAGAAGGCGUACCUCUCGGCGACAUGCAGCCGGGUACGAACAAGGAGAAUGAACAAAACCCUCAUGUAUCUUCCACCGGCGGCGAUGUGACCGCGUUCCCUACGGGCAGCAUUGAGCUUCCUGCCGGAGAUGACCACAACUCCAGCGUCUCCGUGCAGUCUACUGCUGUGAACUCAAGCCACUCUCGCGGAGGAGAGAAUUCCGCCCAAGCUGAUGCGCCUGGUGGCGCUACUACACACCAUGCCGACGCUGAUGUCCAGUCGCAUGGCUCUGGAGAUUCUAUGAACGACGCUGCCGCUGAAAACGCUCAGAUUCAAGUUGCCCGACGCACUUCCAUCCUUCGCGUUGGACCUGCUCGAAUCGUCUCAGCUCGAUCAGCUGGCAACAUUCGCUCAGUCACUUUCAGUCUCCCCGACAGUCCUCGCACCCCUGGACUCAAACAUUCUGCCACAAUGUCUGAGAUUAACAGCAACAACGACCCCGUGGCGAACUACAUCAAGAAGAAUGCUGAAACCAUCCACGCGGCUAAACAGCGAUGGGAGCAGUUCGACUUGAACCGCCAUCGCCAGGUCCAGCACGCUCAGUACAGAGAGAAUCUCAAGAACAUGAAGAACCCCGGCGACCUGUACAUGGUUCCCUAUUUCGAUGAGGGAGACCUUGAUGCUAAUGGUUCCGGAAUGCUCGGUAUGGGCAUCCCUACGCAUGCUCGUGUUCCCUCCAAGGUGUACACCCAACAGAUUCGAGACCUGAGCGGGCAGAGUCUUCGACCCGUGAGUAUUCCUUCCUCUUAUUCCUUUUGUCACACACUCUCCUAUGUUAUGCCCCCAGCCUCGGGAAUAGAGAGAUGUCAUGUUCUUAAUCGCAUCGAAGUAUGUUUGCUAACAAUCGCACGACAGGCAUCCCCACGCCACCCACGACAGGUGCGCAGCAUGAACCACCUUCGAGUCGACCCGAGCGUGAGCUCCGUCAGCUCCGGUAGCGUGCGCAGCGGCAUGGUCAGCCCUCUCACCCCCCAGAGCGGCUACCCUCGUCGCGGAGUCUCAGACCCCUCGACUCCACUUGCCGGACCUAACAACAUGGAGUAUCAGAGCGAUAUCAACGCUCGUCGCGGCUUGGCUCGUCUACAGGAGCUCACCCCAGCCAAGCGCCUCUGCGUUGUCAAGGAGCGCCAUCCGCAGACGACCAACGAGUCGCGCGUGCCUCUCCUAGACCGCGAGGGCAAGCCAUCCCAGGAUAUAUCCGAGGCGGACGAGCAGGGUAAGACUGAAGAGAAAGCGGCGGAUAAGACCUCAGACGAUGAGCUCAUGACCAAGGCACUCGAGCAAGUUGGCCAAGCCCUCAUGAAGGCACGCGCAAGAAUCCUCAACAAGGUGCGCAAGCAUGUAGAAGAUGAGGUCCAUGCUGCGUACAUCACGGAGGCUAUCCUUGGCCUGGAUGAUGAUAUCGUAGAGGAGUGUGCGCAUGCAGACAAUGCCGACAGCCAGCACUUGAUCCGCACGCAGGUUGCCAAGAUCCGCCGAGUCUCUGACGCUGAGAUGCGAAUCGAGCGCGUCACCGAUGCCGACCUCGAGUACUGUGCCGAAUCCACCAAGAAGCAGAAGGCGGCCGCCCUCGUCGAGAAGUGGAAGGCUGAGGCCCUGGCUGAGGUCGAGGCGAAGCAGAAAGGAAAGGGCAAGGCUGUCGACACUGGUAAGGAGAAGGGUGUUCGCUUUGGUGGUGGAGACGCUACUUUCUAAGUUGGCUUGGACGUCCUAUUGAAUUCCUAAGCAAUUCCCUGGUGGAUUUUUAGGGAUUUGGUAGUUGAGCACACUAUUCGGUGGUAAAGGUGAUGAAUUGGUGGGCUAAUUGCAAUGAGGGCGUUGAUG